CCAAGGCUCCUCCCCGGCGCCCCCCCACCUCCAGAUUUGCAUAAAAAAGGUCCGGAACGCUCCGGCUGGGCCCCAGCCGCCGCGCCUUCUGCUCCCCCGGGUCGGAGCCCCAGAGCGUACGCGGGCUCGCAGCGCCCCUCCGUCCGAGCCGAGCGCCCCCAGACUCCCGCAGCGAGUGGGCCCAGGCGGAGCGCCCCCCGCGCCCACCAUGCCGCAGGGCCCCGGCUCGCUGCUGCUGCUCGUCCUGGCCUCGCACUGCUGCCUGGGCUCGGCGCGCGGGCUCUUCUUCGGGCCCCCCGACUUCUCCUACAAGCGCAGCAACUGCAAGCCCAUCCCCGCCAACCUGCAGCUGUGCCACGGCAUCGAGUACCAGAACAUGCGGCUGCCCAACCUGCUGGGCCACGAGACCAUGAAGGAGGUGCUGGAGCAGGCCGGCGCCUGGAUCCCGCUGGUCAUGAAGCAAUGCCACCCCGACACCAAGAAAUUCCUGUGCUCGCUCUUCGCCCCCGUGUGCCUCGACGACCUGGACGAGACCAUCCAGCCGUGCCACUCGCUCUGCGUGCAGGUCAAGGACCGCUGCGCGCCCGUCAUGUCCGCCUUCGGCUUCCCCUGGCCGGACAUGCUCGAGUGCGACCGCUUCCCCCAGGACAACGACCUGUGCAUUCCGCUCGCCAGCGGCGACCACCUCCUGCCGGCCACCGAGGAAGCUCCCAAGGUAUGUGAAGCCUGCAAAAGCAAAAAUGAGGAUGACAAUGACAUCAUGGAGACUCUUUGUAAAAAUGACUUUGCUCUGAAGAUCAAAGUCAAGGAGAUAACCUACAUCAACCGAGAUACCAAAAUCAUCCUGGAGACCAAGAGCAAGACCAUUUACAAGCUGAACGGCGUGUCGGAACGGGACCUGAAGAAGUCGGUGCUCUGGCUCAAAGACAGCCUGCAGUGCACCUGCGAGGAGAUGAACGACAUCAACGCGCCCUACUUGGUCAUGGGACAGAAACUGGGCGGGGAGUUGGUGAUCACCUCGGUGAAACGGUGGCAGAAGGGGCAGAGAGAGUUCAAGCGCAUCUCCCGCAGUAUCCGCAAGCUGCAGUGCUAGUUCUUCCGCGCAACCCGCCCCCCCAGUUCUCUCCCCUCUGAGCACAGCCCCUGUGGCUCCAGCCCAAGCCUGGGGCCGCCCCCUGCCUUUUUACAUGUUAGCAGACACAGCAUUUCCUGACUUUAUAAGGCCCUGCGAGGGCUCGGGAGCCAAGAGUUGUUCCCACAGAAAGGAAGGACACUCAGAUCAUUGAGAAACGUCCGAAUUAAUAAAAUCGUGAAUGUGUUUGCGAAAUUUUAAGACAACUCACUCUCCAGCUAGUUUUGAGUAGGUGCGACUGUGAUUUGGGUCGGUCGGAUUUUUUUUUCCCCUGUUUGAUUUGGGGCGGCUGAUUUUCAUCUCUCACUGAAGUUCCCCUUCACAUAUAACUGUGUUUUUUUGUGUGUUUUUAUUUUUUUCUAUGGGCCCCAAACUGUCAGGGUCACUGACUCUCCCUCGUUGAGAUAAAGCUGGCUGUUAUCUCAGCGACUCUCAGCUCCAGCCUGAGAAUCAGUGCCUGUAACAUUCACGUGUCAUCUUAACACCUCUGCUUGGGAAGCUGCAACUUUAGCAUGUACUGCAUUUCCAGGUAGGAUAUUUUUCAUUUAUGAAAAGCACAUUAACCUCCAUAGCACGGGUUCUUCAAAUAAAGGGCGACAGACAAAUUCUAUAAUUGGCCUGAGUACUUUAAGCUUCAUUUAAACCUUUUUUUUUUUUACUUAAUUUUGCAAAGUAAACCACUGUAGCUUACCUGUAAUAUACAUAGUAGUUGACCUUUAAAAGUUGUAAAAAUAUUACUUUAGCCAACACUGUAAAUAUUUCAGAUAAACCUUAUAUUCUUGUAUAUAAACUUGACAUCUUGAUAUACCUA